AGUAUAAAUUACAAAUCAAUCGAAGUACGUUCGCAUUUAGUGAAGUAUCUUUUUGGACAAUUGUGAAAAAAAGGCUGUCAUGAAAGGAAUAACGCUGUUACUCAUAACAGCAGCAGCUCUAGCUCACGCUAAUCCUGCGCGUUUUUUUGAAAAUGGAUGUCCUAAAGAUACCAGUAAACUACUGCCUCAUCAGGAUUGCGGCCGAUUCUUUGUAUGUUUUAGGGAAAUAAAGUUCGUUAGAGAAUGUCCACAUGGGCUGCAUUUUAAUGCAGAACUCGAACUCUGUGACUUGCCAAGAAAUGCGAAAUGCAAUUUGAAUCGACUUGAACACCAUUCAGAUUCUGGAACACAUUUACGCAAUGGUAGAAACGAAAAUCCAGCAGUAAUAUGUUCGAGUGAAAAUUCUGAAGGAGUCUUGUUUCCUCACGAAAAAUGUAAUCAGUUUUACAAAUGCUCCGGCCGCCACCCAGUUGCGUUCGAUUGUCCAACAAAUCUUCUUUUCAAUGAAAUCAGUAAAAUGUGUGAUUGGCCUGAAAAGGUAGAUUGUGAUAACAGAUUAAUAGCUGAUGAUACUGAUGGUGGAAAUAACGAUAAUAAAAAUUACGCCCCUGACGUAGGAGUUGGAGUUGAUAAUCAUGAUCCCAACCAAGCUCCUGUUAUUUGCGCUACUGAAAAUUCGGAUGGAGUUUUGGUUGCACAUGAAAAUUGCGAUCGAUUCUACAAAUGUUUUGACGGACACCCAGUAGCCUUAAAUUGUCCAGAUAAUCUUCUCUAUAAUCCAGAAAUGGAAUAUUGUGACUGGCCGUGGAAAGUCAACUGCGGGGAAAGGACAAUUUCUGACGACAAGGAAGUUAUUGAUAAUAACGGUGGUAAUAAUCAGGAAGGAGUUGGAAAUGUUGGUAACAAUGCUGACCCCAGUGAAGCACCUAAAAUUUGUGCCGCAGAAAACUCGGACGGAGUAUUAGUUGCACAUGAAAAUUGCGAUCGAUUUUACAAAUGCUUUGACGGACACCCGGUAGCCUUAAAUUGCCCUGAUAAUCUUCUCUAUAAUCCAGAAAUGGAAUAUUGUGACUGGCCGUGGAAGGUCAACUGCGGGGAAAGGACAAUUUCUGACGACAAGGAAGUUAUUGAUAAUAACGGUGGUAAUAAUCAGGAAGGAGGUGGAAACGUUGGUAACAAUGCUGACCCCAGUGAAGCACCCAAAAUUUGUGCAACAGAAAACUCGGACGGAGUAUUAGUUGCACAUGAAAAUUGUGAUCGAUUCUACAAAUGCUUUGACGGACACCCGGUAGCCUUAAAUUGCCCUGAUAACCUUCUCUACAAUCCAGAAAUGGAUUAUUGUGACUGGCCGUGGAACGUCAACUGCGGGGAAAGGACAAUUUCUGACGACAAGGAAGUUGUUGAUAAUAACGGUGGUAAUAAUCAGGAGGAAGGUGGAAACGUUGGUAACAAUGCUGACCCCAAUGAAGCACCCAAAAUUUGUGCAGCAGAAAAUUCGGACGGAGUAUUAGUUGCACAUGAAAAUUGCGACCAAUUCUACAAAUGUUUUGAAGGUAAACCUGUGGCUAUGAACUGCCCAGUCAAUCUAUUUUACAACCCUGAACAGGGUUACUGCGACUGGCAAUUCAAUGUUAAGUGCAAUAAUAAAGUAAUUCCUACACAAAAUAAUGAUGGUAAUGGAAACAAUUUUGUUAACCAGUUGUGCUCAAGCAAUGACGAUGAUAUUAUACCCCAUGAGAACUGCAAUCAGUUCUAUAAAUGUGUGCACAGUCAUAUGGAACCCAUGUCCUGUCCACCAGGUUUAUACUUUAACACCAUAAUCAAAGUCUGUGAUUGGCCUAUGAAUGUUGACUGCGCACAGCGCAAAAAGUGUCUUGCAUUAGUUCUUCUCUGCGUUGCUUUUGCGCACGCAAAUUCUUCUUGCUCACCCAAUGAACACAAGUUGGUGCCUCAUGAAAAGUGCAACCAAUUCUACAUGUGCAUUGGUGGUAUGAAAAUUGAACUUUACUGCGCACAGGGUCUUAUGUUUAACCCUGAACUUGAAGUAUGUGACUGGCAUCAACACGUAGACUGCAGUGACAGAAUUGUGCCUGAGGAAGUUGAUGGCGGAAACCAGAAUGAAAAUAAUGAGCCACAACAACCAGGAGGACACCACUACGACGACCCCAGUCAGGCUCCUGCUAUUUGCGCUGCUGAAGAUUCAGAUGGAAUUUUGGUCGCUCAUGAACGUUGCGAUCAAUUCUACAAAUGUUUCGGAGGACAGCCUGUUGCUAUGGGAUGCCCAGUUAAUCUUCUAUAUAACCCAGAACAAGAAUAUUGUGACUGGCCAUCUAACGUAAACUGCGGUAACCGUGUUUAAUAUAAUGACAACUUAAAUUAAUCAUUUGUGCCCCAUUAUUCUAAUAUUUCAUAAAACAAUAACAAGGAUAAAUGUAAAAAUGAUUCUAAACGUUUUCUGGUUCAUUAGCAACUAAAUUUGCAACUUUAUCGUAUGGACGAUGGUCAUAACAAAAGUGUUUGUCUUGCAUGGUAGUGUUUGCAAUGUUACCGGCCACUAUGUUGCAGCCACAUAAUAAAAUACCAUCUAGUACUCCAGACUUUACCUUACCUUAAGGACAUAUUAUUUAAUACUUUUUAAUGACACUAUUGGUAUUUAUCGUUUGCAUUUGUUACCGUUGAUAUUAAUAAAGUAUUCAAA